AUGGAGGUCGAUAAUGGGACUGAGAGGUCUUUGAGCAUGAACAACAAUUGUGCUACUCCAAAACCUCGGCGCGUGGGUCUGAUAUAUGACGAGAGGAUGUGUAAACACUACGCGCCUGAUGAGGAUCACCCAGAAUGUCCGGACCGCAUCCGGGUCAUCUGGGACAGCCUCAAUUCAUCUGGGCUUGCGAAAAGAUGUGUGAUUCUGGAUGCCAAGGAAGCUGAGGACAAACAUCUGGCUUUGGUUCACACCAAAAACCAUAUCGACUUGGUUAAGAAUAUUAGCUCCAAAUACUCCGGCUCCAAGAGAACAAGACUUGCUUCGAAAUUUAACUCUAUUUAUUUCAAUGAAGGCUCAUCUGAAGCUGCUCAUCUUGCUGCGGGCUCUGUCAUAGAGGUUGCUGAGCAAGUUGCUAAAGGACAACUCGACUCAGCAUUUGCUAUUGUGAGACCUCCUGGACAUCAUGCGGAAGAAAAUGAACCAAUGGGAUUUUGCCUAUACAACAAUGUUGCUAUUGCCACAAGUUAUCUACUGAAUGAAAGAAUAGAUUUGGGGAUCAAGAAAAUUCUGAUUGUUGACUGGGAUGUGCAUCAUGGGAAUGGUACUCAGAAUAUGUUCUACAAUGACCCCAGAGUACUUUUCUUCUCAGUUCAUAGGUUUGAUUAUGGGACUUUCUAUCCAGCUGGUCAUGAUGGCUCAUAUAUCAUGACCGGGGACGGGCCAGGUGCUGGAUACAAUAUUAAUGUCCCUUGGGAGAAUGGUAGAUGUGGAGAUGCUGAUUAUGUCGCUGUUUGGGAGCAAAUAUUAGUCCCUGUUGCUAAGGAAUUCAAUCCUGAUAUGAUAAUUGUCUCUGCUGGAUUUGAUGCAGCCAUAGGAGAUCCUUUGGGAGGCUGCCGUCUUAGUCCUUAUGGCUACUCUGUUUUGCUUAACAAGUUGAUGAAGUUUGCUGGAGGAAGAAUUGUAAUGGCGCUUGAAGGGGGAUAUAAUCUUAAAUCAAUAGCAAAUUCAGCCCAUGCAUGUGUUGAGGUAUUGCUUGAGGGCAUGCCUAUCGAUGGCUCCCUUGAGUCUUAUCCUUUUGAAUCUUCUUGGCGUGUGAUACAAGAGGUACGACAACAUUUAAGAACAUAUUGGCCAGUACUUGCUGCCGAAUUACCAGACAAGGUGAUUAAUAAAACAUCUCCAGUCGUGAUAUCAAGCUCCGAUUCUGAAGACGAGCAUGAUAAUACGCCAUCAAAAGAAGUUCAGAAUAUUGAUGACAUUAUACAACCUUUGAUGAACCUCAAAGUCGAAGAUAGUCAAGAAGCAACUACUGUUUCGUCUUCAUGGAGAUCGGACCUUUCUAAAGUUUAUGUUUGGUAUGCAACCUACGGAUCAAACAUGAGCAAAUCCAGAUUUUCGUGCACUCGUUCGCAUGUUAACGACUUCAUAUCUGGUAAAUACCCGAUCAACCCACCAUGCAAAGAGUAUGCUAAUACAUUGGUUAGAGGGCUCGUGGAGGGAAAGCAGCUCUCGGGAAAUGAAGCCAUAGCUUACAUACAAGAAGCAUCUACGAAGCCCCUCGUUUAG